UUUGUUUACUGGCGGAGAGGCUAGGAAAAAGGGGAUCCUACAGGACCUGGGAGACUGUACCUCCUACCUCUGUUUGUGGAGAAGAAAAGGAGAAAAUAACUCGAAAACUUUAUAUCACCUACUUUUCUCUCAUUCUGAUCCACGCUUAGUUGUGGUGACAGAAGCGUAAACAGAAUUUGCAGCAUCUAUUUUUUUUUGUUCUAUUCCCAAACAAAAAAAGUACAGCGGAGUGCUGCGGAGCCACGAAGUGUCUGAACACGUCUGUCUGUCAGCCUUUCAGAGAGGUCUGGAGGUCUCUCUGAAAUCUCUGCACUGACUGAAGAGGAGUUGUCGCUUUGGAGCUACACGUCUGCUCGGAAAAAAACACCUUACUUCACAAGCGAAAUAAGUCAACUGAUGUUUUGUGCUCGCUGGAUGACUUGAGGGGGAUUUUUACGAAAGACACGCAAACGUUACGCCACGCAUGCCACAACCAUCGAGUCAGAAGCACACGGCUCCAAAAUUCCUCUAAAUUAAGUUAACAGUCGCUUUUAAAGAAAUGUUCCUGCAUGCAACUUGUCCACUGUUAUAAAGAAUAUGCAGUGCAGUUGUGUGGUAUGCGGGGGGUUUCUUAAACUUAAAAUUAUUUGAGACGGUUGCUGGAAAGCAGCGCAAACUUAACUUGUGGCCUGGACUAGAGUGGUGGAGCCAGGCGAGGCAGCUAACGUAGCUAGUUUAGCUUAGCUUCUUCUCGGCCAACAAGUCUGUUUUUGCUCUUUUUCCCCAGAAACGGAAAAACCUAACUGUGCCAGUUUAACUAACCAUUGUAUUUAAAUACACAAAAAGAGCACUCAUGUCCCGUGGUGGUGUGUGUUAACGGUGUUUUUCCAUGAGGUGGCUAACUUUAGCAGCAGCAUCGUUAGCUUGUGUUUGACUGAACACGUUGGACUCGUGCCUCCGCCCAUCUUCCGGGAUGUCUUUUAUUUAUUUUUGUUUACCUGUUGGCCCACGCAGCAAAACAAAACCAAUUUCCUGAAGGCAUUUCUCCUCCAGUUUGAACUUUCCUCCUCGCCAGGAUUAUUCUGUAUUUGACCCGGAAUAGUGCUGGAUGGGGUAUUAUUCCGAGUCAGUUAUGUGGCUCCGGACUUUGUGCUUGUGUUUUGUUUUGACCGCUGUCUGCUUUGUGAUGAGCUGUCAUCGAGCGAGUGGAGAGGUUUGUCCAAGCAAGGACAUCCGCAACAAUGUGACCAACCUACAUACGCUAGAGAACUGCACCGUGAUCGAAGGCCACCUGAAGAUCUUACUCAUGUUCAGGACCAAGCCCGAGGAUUUCCGAGGCCUCAGUUUCCCCAAACUGACAGUAGUCACUGACUACCUGUUACUCUUCAGAGUUUACGGCCUGGAGACCCUCAGUGAUCUCUUCCCCAACCUAACUGUCAUCAGAGGCAAUAACCUUUUCUUCAACUACGCCCUAGUAAUGUUCGAGAUGCUCCAGCUGCGAGAGAUCGGCCUCCAUAGCUUGAUGAACAUCACCCGAGGAGCCGUGAGAAUUGAGAAGAACCCAGAUCUCUGCUAUCUCUCCACUCUGGACUGGUCCAAGAUCCUGGACACAGGGGAGGACAACUACAUCAUGGCUAACAAGAACAACAGAGAGUGUGGAGACGUCUGCCCCGGGGCGGCCAGUGGAAAGACCACCUGCCAGACCACCACCAUCAACGGACACUUCAGUGAACGCUGCUGGACUCAGAACCACUGUCAAAGAAUGUGCCCUGUUCAUUGUAAACAUCGAGCCUGCACCAAGGACGACCAGUGCUGCCACGACCAGUGCCUGGGCGGCUGCCUGAAGCCCCACUCAUCCAGCCACUGCGUGGCCUGCCGCGGCCUCCAGCACGAGGACAGUUGUGUUGAGCGCUGCCCUGAAAAUCACUUCACAUACAAAGGCUGGCGCUGCGUCUCCUUCGCCUUCUGCCAGGAUCUCCACAACAGAUGCAAGCGGGAGAAGGAGCACAGAAAGAACCCCGACUGCCACGAGUAUGUCAUACACAAUGGUGCCUGCAUCCCUGAGUGUCCCUCCGGCUACACGACCAUCAACUCCUCCGCGCUCAACUGCACUCCCUGUGCAGGACUGUGUCCCAAGGUAUGUAUGGGUUUAAAAACUGUGGACUCAGUCACUGCUGCCCAGGCUUUGAGAGGCUGCACAGUUCUCAACGGGAGCCUGGUCAUCAACCUGCGGGGAGGAAACAACAUAGCAGCUGAACUGGAGGCCAGUCUGGGCCAGCUGGAGGAGAUCACUGGCUACCUGACAGUGCGACGUUCCUACGCCCUCGUAUCCCUCUCUUUUUUCCGCAAACUCCGUGUUAUUCGUGGAGAGGAACAGGAAAUCGGGAAUUACUCAUUCUAUGCCCUGGACAACCAGAACCUGCGGCAGCUCUGGGAUUGGUCCAAACACAAGCUGACCAUACUGCAAGGACGCAUGUUUUUCCACUACAACUCCAAACUCUGCAUGUCUGAGAUCCGCAAGAUGGAGGAAGUGACUGGGACCAAAGAGCGGCAAGUCAAGAACGACAUCGCCUCCAAGACCAACGGAGACCAGGCCUCAUGUGAGAACCAUGUGUUGAAGUUUACCCAGAUUCGAACCAUGAGCGAUAAAAUAAUGGUCAAGUGGGAACCCUUCUGGCCUCCAGACUUCAGAGACCUGCUGGGCUUCAUGGUGCUCUACAAAGAAGCACCUUUUCAGAACGUAACCGAGUUUGACGGGCAGGACGCCUGCGGCUCCAACAGCUGGGUGAUUGCUGACGUGGACCCUCCUCGUCGAGCCACAGAGGGGGACAAAGAGCAGUUAGAACCAGGUCAUCUCAUCCUGCCACUGAAGCCCUGGACGCAGUACGCCAUUAUGGUGAAAACCCAGCUCUCAGCCUCUGAUGAGCACCAGGUCCACGGAGCCAAGAGCGAGAUCAUCUAUGUUCGCACCAACGCCACCAAACCCUCGGUCCCACUGGACCCCAUUUCCUCGUCCAACUCUUCCUUCCAGAUCAUCCUCAAGUGGAAACCUCCCAACGACCCCAACGGCAACAUCACUCACUACCUGGUCUUCUGCCAGCGCCAGCCUGAAGCCAGCGAGCUUUACAAGUUUGACUACUGUCAAAAGGGGAUGAAGUUGCCGUCACGAGUGCCCACUCAGGUUGACAGUGACGAGGAGCAGAAAUGGAACCAGACGGAGGAGCAGGGCCCGGGAACACGAUGCUGCGCCUGCCCCAAAACCGACAAGGAGCUCAAGAAGGAGAAAGAGGACUCAGAGUACCGCAAAACCUUUGAGAAUUAUCUCCACAAUGAAGUCUUUGAGAUCAAACGCUCAAGAGAGCGGCGCUCUGUGGUGGGCAUCGCCAACCGAACACAACCCUUCCCCACCACCGCCCCCAGCCCUCCCCAGGGCACAGGCAUCCCCGAGGACGAGGAAACCUUUGAAAGCACAAAGACAGUGGUUACCGUCCACGCCCACGCCAAGGAGUCCACUGUCAUUUCUGGCCUGCGCCACUUCACCAGCUACCAGAUCGAGGUCCACGCCUGCAACCACCCGACCGACCCGGCCCGCUGCAGCAUGGCAGCGUAUGUCAGCGCCCGCACAAUGCCUGAAGACAAAGCUGAUGACAUCGAGGGUCCCAUCAGAUACGAGGUGACAGAAAAUGCAGUGCAUGUCACGUGGCAGGAACCGGUGUCCCCAAAUGGUAUGAUCAUCCUGUACGAGGUCAACUACAAGAGGCUGGGAGACACAGAGGAGCUGCACUACUGCGUGUCAAGGAACAUGUACAGAGAUACCCGGGGCUGCAAGCUGAAAGUGAUGCAUCCUGGGAACUACACGGUGAGGAUCCGGGCCACCUCGCUGGCCGGGAACGGAUCCUGGACCGAACCCACGUACUUCUACAUCCAGGAUUCAAGCGAUCCUCUCUACGUUGUGAAGAUCAUUAUUGGACCGAUCAUCUGCUUUGUCCUGCUGCUGUUUGUGGCCGUGGCAGGAUUCGUCAUGUUCAGGAAGAAUCAAACUCAAGGACCUAGUGGUCCCAUCUACGCCUCUUCAAACCCAGAGUAUCUCAGUGCUAAUGACAUGUAUGAGGAGGACGAGUGGGAAGUGGGCAGAGACAAGAUCCACAUUUUGAGGGAACUGGGUCAGGGCUCCUUCGGCAUGGUCUACGAGGGCAUUGCCAAGGACAUCAUCAAGGGCGAGGGGGACAUGCACGUAGCGGUGAAGACGGUGAACGAGUCGGCCAGCCUGAGAGAGAGAAUUGAGUUCCUGAAUGAGGCCUCGGUCAUGAAGGCCUUCAGCUGCCACCAUGUGGUGCGUCUGCUGGGCGUUGUGUCUAAAGGCCAGCCCACCCUGGUGGUGAUGGAGCUGAUGACCCACGGAGACCUGAAGAGCUUUCUGCGCUCUCUACGACCGGACGCUGAGAACAACCCCGGGCGUCCACCGCCCACUCUAAAGGAGAUGAUCCAAAUGGCCGCUGAGAUCGCGGACGGCAUGGCUUACCUUAACGCUAAGAAGUUUGUCCACAGAGACCUGGCAGCCAGAAACUGCAUGGUAGCUCAUGAUCUUACCGUCAAAAUAGGAGACUUUGGAAUGACCAGAGACAUCUACGAGACGGACUACUACAGGAAGGGAGGGAAGGGCCUGCUGCCCGUCCGGUGGAUGGCACCUGAGUCUCUGAAGGACGGAGUCUUUACUGCAAAUUCAGACUGCUGGUCAUUUGGGGUUGUGCUGUGGGAGAUCAGCACGCUGGCCGAGCAGCCGUACCAGGGCCUGUCUAACGAGCAGGUCCUCAAGUUUGUCAUGGACGGAGGCUACCUGGACCGGCCAGAUAACUGCGCUGACAGACUACACAACCUGAUGCAGAUGUGUUGGCAGUACAACCCCAAGAUGCGUCCUGCCUUCCAGGAAAUCAUAGAGAUGCUACGCGAGGAUCUGCAUCCUUCCUUCCAGGAGUUAUCCUUCUUCUACAGUGAGGAGAACAAGCCGCCCGAGACCGAAGACUUUGACCUGGACAUGGAAAACAUGGAGAGCAUCCCGCUGGACCCAUCGUCCUACUCACAGAGGGAACAGUGUUUGGACAGGGACGAGGCCUCCUCCAUGGGCCUGAGGGGCAGCUACGAGGAGCACCACAUCCCGUUCACACACAUGAACGGGGGAAAGACCAACGGACGAAUACUGGCCCUACCACGGUCCAGCCCCUCCUAACAUACUGUACACAUCCCGCGCAGUCAUGUCAUUGCUAUAGAUUUAAAUAUAUUUUUGUUUUUUGUUGUCAUUUUAUAUAGAUCACACUUUUAUCACACUCUCUCUACAUGAGCCCUUCAGUGCAUAGCUCAGGACCUUAUUUUUCUUCUCAGAUGCCACAAACACACACUACAGAAAGUCCACACAUGUAUGCCAGAAGACACUUUUUUUGUAUUUAUGGACGAACCUCCAGCGUCUCUCUUGUUCAUGAUUGUAGUUUAUAUACUCUGUGUGUGUGUGUGUGUGUAUAUAUAUAUAUAUAUAUGUAUAUAUAUAUAUAUAUAUAUAUUACUUUACAUUACUUUACAUCUAAAUCCCAUAUAUAUAUAUAUAUAUAUAUAUAUAAUAUAUAUAUAUAUAUAUAUAUAUAUAUAUAUAUAUAUAUAUAUAUAUAUAUACAUACACACACACACACAAACUUGGCUAUAUAUAUAUAUAUAUAUAUAUAUAUAUAGCCAAGUUUGUGCUAGACUGGGUGGAUAAUGGAUUCAACUGUGAAACAAACUUUUGACAAACAAGACGGCUGCUAAACCCACUGUCCCUUCCUGAGUCCAGACUGUGUCCCUCUCCCCCAAUUCAACAAGAGGCUUCAUCCCUGGGUUGCUUAGUUUUGAAAAAAAGUGCCCUUCUAUUUUGUCUGUGGCCAACUGUACAUCAGUUGUCAUGGAACGAUGUCUGAGUCUUUGUACGCAAGCAGAUGACAAACUGAAAAUGAAAGACUUUGGGAACUCUGUUGGAUAAUCAAAGAUGGUCCAUCCUCGAACAAACUCAUCCAUUGGAGAAGCUGGUUGAAGUGGCUUACCUCCUCACACUCUGCAGUAUUCCAAAAUGGUACACAGGAUAAACACAGGACUUCUGUUGGGUUAUAUAUUUUAAAAUGUAUUUACGUUUCUUUCUUUUCCUUUUUUUUUUAGUUUUCACAUUUACAGCUGAAGGAUAUUUAAACAGUUUUCAAAAACAUGUUGGUGAAUGAAUUCCUCAGAUUGACCAAUAGCUGCUUCUUUGGUAUAUUUUAGUGGGUAUAGCAGAUAAAAAAUAUAUAUAUAAAUAUAUUGUUGAUGUUUUUGUACAUAGCUGAUAUUUUGUCAUUCUUGAGGUAUUUCCAGUCAUAGAAAAUGUUUUUACAUGUUAGUCUCUUAUGUUUAUUUUUUCUAAUCCAGAAAAUCAUACUAAUUAGCUUUUUUGGACUCAUGAUCAACCAACAGCGCGAUGCCCGGGAGGAGUGUUUGGCGUCUUCAGCUUGAGAUGUCUGCCCGUCAUAUCAAGAUCAAAUAAAAUAGUGCUGUAAAUAACGCAGCAAGGUGCAUUCAUGAAGAGGCUCCGGCAGUGCUUCUGUUAUUUUCCAUUCUCUUAAUACAUGUUUUUCCAAACAGUGCUGUUUCUUCAGUAAGUACUGAGAUUGUCAUGUGUGUAUAUAAAGGGAAAUUGUGCUUUUAUCUCAGUGAGGAGAGUAUGGAGAGGUAAAAGUUUGUUUCCAACAGAGCCAGACAUAGCCAGGCAUACAGUAAAUAUGAUGUACACACACUCAACUCAAUUUACAUACAAACUAGAGCCUGAGUGAGAUUGGAUUUUUGAGGCCAAUACAAAUAAAGAAGAAUCCUUUGGCAGAUAUUUACUUUUUACACAACCACUCAACACUACAUGAUCAAGUACUUUUGGCCCUCAAAUUUGGUUAUUUUAGAGUUUUUAUUAAGGUAUAUAUACUGAGACAGGAUAUUUUACUUUUUACAUACGGAUGUUUUACAGAUGAUGAUAAUGACAUUAAAUUCUGAGUAGACAUUUCCUGAAUUGCAAUAAUUAUAAAUAUGAUAAAGAACUAUAACUAAAGAAACGAAUACAACAACUAAGAAAAAUAAAUAAAAUGCAGUCUAGAAAUGUUUAUGUACAGCAAUUCCCCAUGUGUGUCUGACAAUAUAUAUGCUGAUAGUAGUGACUUAUCACAUCUGUCGGCAUUAAUCAAAAGCAUUUAUCAAAUUGCAAAAAUAUUAAAUGCCAUGUGCUGUAAUGAGGGUGUCAACUGUAAUUGGUUAUAACGCUGGAUGGCUAUGCCACGGUUCAGGCUUUAAUGUAUUAGGUUUAGUGCAAUGAUGCCACCUACUGGACAACAAUGAAAUGUGAUGACAUA